GGGGCCUAGGCCAGAGGACGGCUCCUCCUCCCGCUUCUGCCCGUUGCUCCGCCUCAGAGCUGCGGCGGGGACGCGAAGCGGGCCGGAAGCCGGCGAGGCCGAACGAAGCCAGGCUCGUGAAGCUGAGGCGGCCGCCAAGGCCUCGCGGGACGGGUAGGCUCAGCUGUAGCUCCUCGCUUGCCGCUUCGCAGCAGCGUUAAAUCCCCGCUUGUCGGGCCCAGCACGUGUGAAUGAAUGCCGGCCGGGUCCCCAAAGCGGUGAUAGAUAUAUCCCAACAGACAGUUGAAACAUCAAACUCGUGAAUAUGAAAAAGUAAAGAGCCGUGAGGCGUCUUAACCGUUUUCCUUCAGACGUAAACAAUCCUUGUGCUACGGUCACAGGUGAACGACGUGUGGAAGUCGCAACACGCGUGUUUGCCUUCACGGGGAAUUGGGAGCUUGGUUAAGCACAUCAUCUUUUCCGUGACUCUUUGCGCUUGUGUCUUACAAGCGGCUGUCUCUCCUAAUCUCAAAUUAGGUAAACAGCAACAUAAUUUUUGAAUGUUGGGACGCUUUCCGAGUUAGUCUGGGGCUAGCUCAAGUCUGCACAGAAUAUUAUUAUCUGCCACAUUUCAUAAAAAAAAAAGGACUAUUGAAGUGCCACAACCACUUUUUCUUAACCCCUCUCAUCUUUUUGCAUAACAUCCAGCCUGCAGGAUAACAGUCCUGAAGCCCGUGGCAUUUUAGCCUGUUUAAUUAUGUAUUUUGUGCUUUCUAUAUUGUAAUUUUAUGUUGUGGACUGUCCUGAGAUCUACGGGUAUAGAGUGGUAUACAAAUGUAACAGCACAGCAGCAGCAAUGUUUUUGUGGAUUACAUUGGUCUACAAAAACGUAUGUCAUGUUUUUUGUUGCAACAAAUUUAACAACAGGUUUAUUGGGGCGGUGGCAUAUCUUUUCUGGGAAACCCAGCCAGAUGGGUGGGGUAUAAAUAUUAUUAUUAUUAUUAUUAUUAUUAAUUUUAUGGACUAGAAGCUACUUUGUCAGAUGCAUCAAAUGUUAAUCUUCAACCGGCAGGUUAGAUGGAGGAAAACAUGUAUUUGGUGGCGCCAAAAGGCCACACGAGGUACCGUCUGACCUGAAAGCCACCAUUUCCCAACAACAGCAAGAACAACAAACAACUUGAAAGGGAGCCUCAAAGUCUGAAUUGUUGAUAGAGUUUAUCAGUAAAUUUGAUGGUGGUGUUUAGGACUCAAAUCAGUUCCAAGGUUUUUUAUCCCACUACAGAUUUAGUUUUACUAAACUGAUUUAGGAGGGUUAUGUUAUCACCAAUUACUGCUGUUAUGCAUGGUCACUGUUCUUUCUAUAUGUGCGUAGGAAUGUCACAGACUGUACCUAUUGAAUUUUAUAACUUAUCAGACCCACAUUUUACAAUCCCAUAGCCUAUUCCCAUAUGCACAUGGAUUUGAUUCACUUUUUACAGAGCCACAAGACUUUUCAUUGGUUUUACUGCAACAGACUAUGCUUCCGAAAGUCUCAUGUGCACACAUGAUUAUUUGUGUCCCCGGUUCCAAAUAUUCUGCACACAGUUAUGGGGAAGGCCAUCUGAUCUCCAGAAUGUUGAUACCUCUCCAUAAUAGUGGGAAUUGUGGGGUUAAUAUAAAUGGCACCAUCACUUGCGGAAAAGGAACAUAAAAUUCUAUACAACCUUGUGCUUUCAUUCAAGUAUUAGUGUUUCCCAUACUUUUCCUCCUUCACUGGUCAUUUAUCAUAUUACAUAAUUUUCCAGGAUGGCUUCCGUGAUCACUGAACCUUCCUCCUGUGAUACUUUUGUGGCUCUGCCUCCAGCCACAACUGGCAGCAGGAUCAUCUUUGGGAAAAAUUCAGAUAGGCCCUCAGAUGAAGUCCAGGAGAUUGUGUACUUCCCUGCUGCAAGUCAUGGCCCAGGGGAAAAAGUUGAGGUAAGAUCAAAGCAUUUAGAAAAAUAACACAACCAUAUCGGGAUGCUUUUUCUAUACUUUAAAGGGUAAAGUAGUGGAACAAAUAUUUAGUUCCGCCAAAGAAAAAUCUCAUGCUGAUGCAUCAACUGACUGGAAUUGGUAGCCAUUCACGAAUGUCAGUUAUGAAGUUUAGCGGGAGUGGACAUAGUAUCUCUUAAGAAGACAGGACAUUGAUGUAUAAGUCACACCACAGGCCAGUCUUGUUCUGUACUGCCUACAUUUAACUCAGUGGCUCUGCCAGAUUUUAGAUGGGAAUUUCCCAGCCCUAUCUGGAGAGGCUAGGCAUUAAAAAUGGAACUUUUUGCAUUCAAGGCAUUUACUCUACCCUUAAGCUGUGGUUUAGCUUUCAAAAUAAUAAUAAUUAUUUAUAUCCCGCCCUCCCCAGCCGAAGCUGGGCUCAGGGCGGCUAACAACAAUAAAAUAAUACAGCAUUCUAAAAUCAUUUAAUUAUAAAAUUAAUUCAAAUCAAAUUGAUGGCAACCAUUGGGCUAGAGUUCUGUGAAGAUUGCCAAAGGAGGGAGUCAGGCUGUGCCCUGGCCAAAGGCUUGGUGGAACAGCUCUGUCUUGCAGGCCCUGUGGAAAGAUGUCAAGUCCUGCAGGACCCUAGUCUCUUGUGGCAGAGCGUUCCACCAGAUCGGAGCCACAGCCAAAAAAGCCCUGGCUCUGGUUGAGGCCAGCCUAACCUCUCUGUGGCCCCGGACCUCCAGGAUGUUUUACUAGACUCAGUAAAAAUACUGGGUUGGAAUUUGAAGAACCUGAUUUUUACUUAUUCCCUCCUGACAUUGCAGGCUCCCAUCUCACACUCAGUGCUAUUCGAUUGUCUCCCAACAAUUUGGAGAGCCUUUUUGGGAGGCAAAAAGUUGGGAAGUCCACUCACAUCAGUUUAAAUCCAGUCCGUUGUGUAGAAUUCAGGAAGUGUUUUUCUUAUGUGUUUUCUGGAAUUCUUUUUAUUGCAGUGUACUUAUAUAGAAAUUGAACAAGCACCAGAAACCUAUGCCGUUGUUCUGAGUCGCCCCUCCUGGCUCUGGGGUGCUGAAAUGGGGGCCAAUGAGCAUGGAGUCUGCAUUGGGAAUGAAGCAGUGUGGGGGAAGGAGGAAGUCUGUGACGAUGAAGCCCUCCUAGGCAUGGAUCUUGUCAGGUUUGCAGACAAUAUGAUUUAAAUUAGCUGUAUAAAAUGCAAUUCUGAAAUGUAAAAAGCGAGACUUGAUGGACUGAUUCACACAUGAACUGAUCCCUUGUGAUUGUUUUUAAUCAACAUUUGAUAACUUGUGUAAGCAAUCACCUACACUUUCACACAAGCAAGUUGUAAUUUUGCUGUUUCACAUAUGAUAUGAUUCCCACCUCAGCCUUUUUUUUCUUUUGGCGAGGGGUGCCGGGACUCCAAAAAGACACUGCCGAAGUUCCUUUGGCUUGAGCUUCCUUCCAAGCCUUUUCAGGGGUUGUUUAGCCAAACGUUGCCCCUCACAGACUUGCUUACUGCGAUCAGAGCUCACACUGUUGCAGCUGUGGUAAAAGCAGAAGUCCGACACCCUGCUAAUAUCAAUAAACAAUAGAAACAGUAUUGCUGGGAAAAUCCCGCUUAAUACUAAAAUUAAUAAGACAGACACAUACUUUUUGGUGAUCUACUCAUAUGUGUUGGCAUCUAUGUAGUGGCAGCAGAACACCCUGUUUUGUUUUGCUGCUCUCUGGAAGUAGGCCCCUCAUUCUAAGUGUUUAUUUACUAGUGCAAAAAUCUUAGUGUUGUAAGAGCUUUCUUCACCCUAGAUUUGGCUCAGAUCAGUUCUUAAGCAAAGAAAUCUCAAAACAUACCUCUUCCCCCAAUGGAGGACCUAUAGUCCAAUGGUUUAACUAGCUGUCACCACUGGUUUUCAUUUUGCCAGUCUAGUCAGUCACAACUUAUGGCUGAGUGUAAGAAACAUCUGCUUUGAUGCAACUGUAGCUCUAGCACCCUGCAGAAAGGCAGUCAAGACUAAGCUGCCACACUUGCCUUCCUAACCUGUUUUAAACCAUCUUUUUAGGCUUAGGCUUUGGGGGGGGUAAGGAGUGGCAUGCAUACUAGGUGGACAAUGACAGUUCUGUGGGUGCUAGCAGCCUCUUUGUGGGAAUAAGUAUUUUCAUCAUACAAAACUUACAUUAGCACCCACUGUAAUAAGCCUUAUCCAGGACUUGAGAUACAUGUGCAACUUUCUAACUCAUUGAGUAAAUGUGCAAUAAUAUGCAAAUUCAACAUUCAUAAGAAUUUCCCCAAAAGCUAACUCUUCUGUAUGGCUUUAGGCUUGGACUGGAAAGAGCUAAUACCGCUGAAAAAGCUGUUGGUGUCAUUGUUGACUUGCUGGACAAGUAUGGUCAAGGUGGAAACUGUAUGGAGAGUCAUAUGGCAUUUACAUACCAUAAUAGUUUUCUGAUAGCAGACAGAAAGGAAGCUUGGAUACUGGAAACCUCUGGAAAGUAUUGGGCUGCAGAGAAAGUAGAAGGUAUGGAUAAUCAUCUUCACUUAAUUAAAUUCUUCUCCGAUUAUAAGUGUAUAUAGCCUGUUUGUGCUGCUUGAACAUAGAAAAUUUUGGUGAUAAAAGUGGUAUAACUGUUGCUAGUGUGUUUUCAUAGAAAGGCAGCUUAGUUCCUCAUUCAAAUGAAGUUAUUUUGCUCACUGAUAAUCUCUUAUCUGCCAGCAGUGAUUUAACCAAACAAGAUGAAACUGGUGGAUCAUGGUGGUAGUAAGAAUAAGAAUUAAGAAUAAAUACAUGAAGGUCAGCUUCAGAUGUUGUGGCAAACAUUGUUGACUGCCGGUCGCAAGCUUUGGGCUUCUUCUUCCCAUCAUGUACUCCAAAUCCCUCCUUUAAUUAUUUCAAACCAGGAAGUAUGUAUGCUUUGAUGUUGGAAUUGAGCAAGCCGUGGUUACUGCAAUUUGCCACAGCAAACUAUAGCUACCAUGAACCAGAAAGUGAAGGAGGGUAUUAGAACAUGUAAAGGGAAGAGGGAGAGCACAAGCAUGAGGUUCAAAUCAUAGUUCAGUUGCAAUGUCUGAAACAUGCUAAAGAGAAGAGGUGAAGAAAUUCAUUUUUAUUUACCGUAGCUGAUUGAUAACCUGCUUUUCAAGAAAAAAAGUAUUGUCCAUGCAGCUUACAGAAUAUACAUCAAAAUCAUAAUAAAAUACAAGCUAAAACAAUUUAAUACAUCUAUAGCAACCUAUUGCUAAAGAGCCAGCACAAAAACAAUACUACAACACCAUUCAACAACUCCUUAUAACAUUAACCACUAAAGGCCACAGUAAAAAAGAUGGCCUGUUUUGAAACUAACUAGGGAUGAGCCUAGCCUGAUCCCACAUGAAACUGAAUUCCAUAUUUGCAGGGCCAACACUAGGGAAGAGGGAGAAAUUCGAUUCAGUUCGCAUUCAAAGCAAAAUCUUACCAAAUUUGCACUUUCUGAAACUAUGCAAGAACUGAAACAUAGCCAUCCCAUGAAAUUUGUAUUUAUUCAAAUUUUGCCAUUCAGUUCUCCAACCAAACAAUGGAGACAAAAAUGCAUAUAUUAAGAGAACGUGUGCUGUAUGGGACAAUAAAUACCACAAGAGCUGGGGAAUGAGGGGCAGAGACAACUGUUUCCUAUGAGCAUGUUAUUGACCCUAAACCCAAAUGCCUACUAGUUUGGGGAGGCCUUUUGGGUCAUGCUAUGGGGCCUCUUGGGUAGUAAGGUUAACAGUACAAUCCUAUGCAUGAAAAAAGUCCCACUAUGGUUCAGCAGGCCUCACUCCCUAGUAUGUAGGUUUAUUAUUGCAGUUUAAGAUACUGUUUUUCACACUUUUCGACAGAAGGAGUACGGAAUAUUUCCAAUCAGCUAUCAAUAACAACCAAGAUUGAGCGUGAGCAUCCAGAUAUAAGGAAUUAUGCUAUAAGCAAAGGCUGGUGGGAUGGAAAAAAAGAAUUUGAUUUUGCUGCAACCUAUUCAUACGUGAAUACUGCCAGGAUGACUACUACCAGAGGCAGAUACUGUGAAGGCUAUAAACUGCUGAAGAAACAUGAAGGUACCUUUGUUGAGUCAUGAGUGACUUUAAAUGCUUAGAAGAUGUUUGUAGCAGGCUUGUGAUCCAAGAACCACAUGGAAUAUUUACAGUGAUUCUACUGGGAUAGAAGAAUAGCAUUUGCACCAUCUUGCUACGAACCCGCAAAGAACCGGGUAAAAAAGCUUGUCGGCUUGAACAGGAUUCUGUAGUUGGCUUUUUGGCUCAGCCAAGGCCUAUACAACAGCUGAGCAAUUUAGGCCAUACUUGCCCCUAGCUUAGGGGCAGGGAACUCCUUUGUAGCCCAAGAGUGAUAUUACCCUCUGGGCCACUUCCUGGGGCCACAUGCUGGUGACAAGCUGGACAAGGUCAGUGGGCAGAGCAACAUAUGUGAAUUCUACAGCAGGCUAGUUUCUACACGUGAGACAUCCCUCUCUAUUCUUCAUUCAGGAAAGCAAGGAGCAUUAUCAGAUUUCAAGGACACAUUUCAGUCAGGCAUAAGUGCUCAGGGGGAGUGUAGAGCAGGCUUGUACAGGGUGUGGUCUGCAGAGUCCUGAAGGCCAGACAGGACUCAUCUUUUCAAGAAUGGCUCAUCUCAUGUUUUUAGGACUUUGGCUUUAGAAAAAUGAAUAUAACCACACAGGGUACUAGAAGAGCACAUUUGAACAUCCCCCGACUUUUGUGAUCCUUAUAACAGCCAUCAUUUGGUAUUGUUUGCUUAUUACACGUGUAUCAAAAUUUCAUGUAUAGUCAUGUGUUGAAAAAAUAAUAACAUAAGCCCAAAUAAAAUUGCACUCCUCUGUUUCAAUAUUCAUUCUGCUGAGCCCUGCCGCCCCCAAUUGUAGCAGUUAUUCUGUGCUUCCUAGUGGAUUACUUGAAGCUAUAAUACCCCUGUGAUCAUGCAAAUCCUACAUUCAUUUGGGGAAUUGUAGGUUCUGAAUACUGAACAUGUUUAAUACCUGUCUAAUGUGAUGGCCUUGUUGAGGUUCUAUCAGUGCCUUCAUUCUAAAUCCCCAUUUUUCAGAUACUUACCUCAACCAUUUUUAAGUCACACCAGGUGUUCAAGUUAUCAGUCAGAUGCAGUUUAAGCUGUUUCUUUUUUACAUACCUUGAAUGAAUCAUUAUUGUAACGCACUAGUCUCUAAAAAAUUUCAGUACUUUCAGGUGUUUGUUUGUUUUUUUAAAAAAAAGAUUUUCCAAAAUUGGUGCAGAGGAUUUAUUUUUAAUAUUGAGAUUGUUAUUGUAAAAUGGCCACUGGGUAUUCUGAACUACCAGGUGGGCAAUGAUGGAAAUCUAAAGUGGAAAAGUAUUUUUAUGUAAAUAGCAUAAAACAGAGAUAGAUGCAUUUAUACAGAUCAAAGAGGCCGGUAGCCAAGUAUUUGGCUGCUUAUUUCUAGUGAAUAGAUAAAUUCCAGCCUUUCUCACCUUUUCAAUGCUUGGCCAUGUGUAGUUCUCCUCUAGCCCAAUUUUCUCUUUCUGUUUUCAUUCACCUAUUAGACUUGUCCUCCCUCCUUUUAUUCUUCUGGAGCACUCCUUUCCCCAGUCUUACUUUCUAAUGCUCAUGCUUAUUCUGCCCCAUUUCUCCUGGGACAGCAGCCAGAAGGCCUUCUGACUUUUGAGUUCUGGCUAGCAGCUAUGCCAAACAUUGCUAGAGACCUCAUUGAAAUACAACCCUUGCAGUACAGAUAAUAGAGACUUCAUGGUUUUGAGAGUUAACAGUAAGCACCCUGAAAGAGAAGAGCAUGGAUGGAUCUCUUCCCACACACUUCACUCCCUGCCAAGAGAGAUGUGCAAGCUCCUUUUCUGCUCAGUACUUCUUCAUGCUUUAUUGCUAUUAUCUUUAAAAUGCAUUGUAUCUAAUUUUCUAUUUUAAACACACUGCUUCACAUCUGUGUGCUUAAUUCUAACUAGAAUUUGAGUUUGGUUUUUUUUUUAAUUAAAAAAAAAAUUCAACGUAGCACCAUGCAACUUGUUCAAUCAGCAGAAGGAUUUCUUCUUAUACAGUGGAAUGUUCUUUCUCUCUCCUCCCUAAACCUGUUGUGGGGUUUCUCCCAACUCUUGGAGCAGAUUUGGGGACAGCAGGGAGAGGAGAGAGAGGAAGUCUUAAUCUAAUCCUUGCACUAGCUUAAUUGUUUAAUUGGAUAUCACCUUACAUUUCUAUUCUUCCCCAGACACUGAGAAAAAUUUUCCACAUUUAGGGAAACUUUGUUUCCUUGCAGAGUGGUAGUUCCCCAACAAAUUUAGUAUGGUUCUCUUCAUUUUUAUUUGCAAACCCCCUUUUAUGCUGGCUGACUGGGAUGGGAAAUGGAGCACAGAAGGCCAUACAUAGUACAUUGACAUGUAGGCACCCAUUUCAUUUUAUUUCUGUUUCCCCCAAGAUUAAAUUUAACAUCUAAAGAUGUCAUAAAGCAGUAUUUCAUGAUAAAUACAUAUUUUAAAAGAUUAGAGCCAUCCAUUGUUUUGUGAGAUUCUUCAGGGAAUCCAAAAACGUUGCAGAGAAAAAUAAUUUCCCCAUUCUCUAGCAGGUACAGAAAAUGACAACAAAAAAGAUUAAGAGGUUUGAACAUCUUUUUGUGCUGAAACAUUUGGUCAGUUUUCUUUUAGUCCAGCAAAAAAGGUUAAGGAGUAUAUAACAACUUUUAUAUUACACUAGAACUUGAAUUAUCCAGUAUCAUUAACUGACAAUAAAUUUAGGAGACAAAAAGACCAAACAAACCCCACAGUGCGUAAUUCAUUUAAACUAUUCACUGCCACAGAUAUGAUAGCCAUUCAUGUAUUAUUUUGUCAGCUUUUCAGAGGCUGAUUUUCCACUAUUUGAGAUAGGAUGCCAGACAGAUGAAUUCUUUGUCUCAUACAGAAGGGCGCUUAAUGUAGAAAGAAGUGAUUUCUCUCUGGAACAUUUCUGGAAAAUCUUGUGAGGCUUGAAACUGGAUGACUCUUUAAUGUCUCAACACUAAUUUUUAGUACCCAUGGGAAAGAAUAUUUUUGGACAGUGUAAUGGUGGAGCCCUCUUUGAUUCUGUCAUUCAUGUUUCACUUAUCAUUUUCCUAAUUGUUCCUUAGUUUGAAACAGACAUGCAUGUGGUUUUUGAAUUGGUGCUAUUAAGUAAACUAUGUUAAAUAUGCAUAUGAAACAAAUAAUGUUUUUUCUUGCAUAGGCACAAUAACAGCUGAGACAAUGAUGGCAAUCCUUCGGGAUAAGGACAGCGGCAUUAAUAUGGAAGGAGGCUUUAUGACCACUGGAAGCAUGGUUUCCAUACUUCCUCAGGAAACCAGCCUCCCUUGCAUCCAUUUCUUCACUGGAACUCCAGACCCUGACAGGUGACUCUCAACAAUUUAUCAUAAAGACUAAAUUCCUAGCCCUGUUAACUUUCCUUUGAGCAACUUAUUCAUGAUCGACCUUUAACAAUGUUAAACACAAAGCCCCAAAUUUAAUUGAAGUCCAAAAUAUAAUCCAUAAUGGAUGAAACUAUUUCACACACAGACAGGACCAAGAAGAGCCAUAAAAAACUCAAGCACACAAAAGGGCUGGAGAUUAAGGCCUUGUUUUGACAUAACACUAAGCUUAGUGAGGGACGUGGGCGGCGCUGUGGGUUAAACCACAGAGCCUAGGACUUGCCGAUCAGAAGGUUGGCGGUUCGAAUCCCCGUGACGAGGUGAGCUCCCGUUGCUCAGUCCCUGCUCCUGCCAACCUAGCAGUUCGAAAGCACGUCAAAGUGCAAGUAGAUAAAUAGGUACCGCUCCGGCGGGAAGGUAAACAGCGUUUUCGUGCGCUGUUCUGAUUCGCCAGAAGCGGUUUAGUUAUGCUGGCCACAUGACCCGGAAGCUGUACGCCAGCUCCCUCGGCCAAUAAAGCGAGAUGAGCGCUGCAACCCCAGAGUCGGCCACGACUGGACCUAAGGGUCAGGGGUCCCUUUACCUUUAAGCUUAGUGAGAAUGGGCAGGCAUACAGGUACCCAAGGAGAAAAUUGUGACCAUUUUCCUCCUCCGGUUUGGUUUAAUAUUGCAUGCAAAAACAGCCCCCAGACAAAUCACAAAGGGUAAACCAAGAACAAACUUUGGUUACAGCUCGUUGUUUGUUUGGAGACAAACUAUGACCCUGGGUUCAGGUCUAACACGAUACCAUAGUUUAGCUCUGGGUCAUGCAGCAGUCGCAGUAGGACCAGAGGAGGAGCGAAGCAGCCACAAUUUUCUCCCUGAGUACCCAUAUUCUUGCUCAUUCAUACCAAGCCAUACCUUGGGCUUAAGUGUUACAUGUGAACUGUCAUAUUUAUUAUUUAGUCAAAUUGCAUCCCACCCUUCUUCCUGAAGAAGCUGAAUGCAUUUUGAAAUAUGUGAGGCUUCAGCAAGUCUUAUGAGGAAACAUGAAAGAUUUCCCUUGAGAAAAGGUAGUCUUGAAACGUGCUAGAAUCUCUGUUCUUUGUUCUAGGCACUGCAACCAUUAGUGGACAGUGCAUCCUGUCUGAUUUUAAUAGAAAAUACUCUUGAGUACAUCUGAUUAAAACAAGUAGCUCAAGGAACUCUCACUUGUAGACUGUAUGGAGUAAACAGAUAAGAUAUUGUAAUGGCUGUGUGCUAACCUUAACGUCCGUGGUGGAAAGCAGCAUUCAUUGUGCAUUUGCUAAUUUUCUUUUCACUUGGUGUUUCAAUUUAUUCUCUAGGUCUGUCUUUAAACCUUUCAUUUUUGUGCCAAAUAUUACGCAGUUGCUAAAAACCAGCUCCCCAGUGUUUGGUCCCGAAGAUCCAGUUAAAAAGCAACCACGAUUUCAGACAAAGCCAGACAGAAGACACGAACUCUACAGAAAACAUGAAAGUGCAGCUCUUGUGAUGGAGUCUUCUAAGGUGUGUUAAUUUAAGUUAAAUCUCUGGGGGUAUGGACUUUAAAAUAAAAAUCAGUGUAAGGAUUUAUGUAAUCUGUUCCAUUGCAAUCAUGCUGAUGUAAUUUAAUACUUCAGUCUCCGGAUGGAGAGAGACUGCUCUGGCAUCUAACCUUUCAGUCACAGGGCCAAAACAUAGUUCUUGAAAGGUCAAGAGGAUAUUAGCAUACGCUACUUGAUCUUGUUUCCUAUGCUCAAGCAGAGCCAGCUGAACUCAAAUACUCUUUGAAAGUCUGCUCCCAGGGGGAGAGGGAAGAGAGUAUUGAUGCUUGCCAGUUCAGCCCACUAUCUUUAUGUGGCAGGUUGUGGGUGGACGAUGCAACUGUGUGACUUACACCAGUCUUGCAACAAAAUAACAAUCCUACCUCAGUUCUCGAACACCCUUGAACUCGUACGUUUCGGGUCCCGAACAAUUGAAAACCGGAAAUGAGUGUUCCGGUUUUCUAAUGUUCUUUUGGAAGCCAAAGAUCCGGCGGGGCUUCCGUGGCUUCUGAAUGGCUGCAGGAACUUCCUGCAGCCAAUCAGAAGCCAUGCUUUGGAAGUCGAACGUUUUGGAAUUCAAACAGACUUCCGGAACGGAUUCCGUUCAGCUUCCAAGGUACACUGUUUUAUUGCAGGUAGAGGUGGAGCUAAAAAUUUUUUUCCACAAGGGAUGGGUAAUCUUCUCCACCUAGCAGGCCAAAUCUUUAUCUGUUUCCUCUCCUGCAGGCCAACUUUGACAGGUAGGUGGGACAAUCACCUGAUGUCAUUAUGGGAUCAGAUGACGGACAGGUGAGUUGUUCCUCCAACCUGCCGAAGUCCCUUGUGCAGUGCUUCCCUACAGCCAACUUGGGAAAUGCCACCUUCAACCAGGCUUGAACUCCCUGCCCACAAGCUAAUAGGCAGUAGGAGCACAACUUGCUUCACUAGCGUGAAGUGCUUUGCACUGAAACCGCCACUAACACAUUUUGCACUGAAACCGCCACUAGCUCCAUUUUGGCAGCUGUUUCAAUGCAAACCACUUCAGGGUUAUCAGAGCAAGAUGCACUGAUGAGUGGUGGGAGAUCACUUUCACCCCCCGAUUAUUCCUUUGUAGCUAUGUCGGCACCCAACGCAACAGAUGACAUCAGGUAUGGGUCAGGUGGGUGAGCUGUGUGAGGAACAGCAUUGCAGGCCAAAUUGGGAUCCCUGCCAGGCCAAAUUUGGCCCGUAGGUCAGAGCUGCCUAUUUUGCAGCAACUAGAAGUCAUGUAGACAGUCUGAGCCUAGCAGGUGUCUUAUCACCAAGCACAGUUGAGCCCCGUAAUUUUGAACCCAUCAGUUAAACAAACUGGAAGAGAGGCAAGGAGGAAAUUAACCUGCUUGAACUCCUACAACAGCAGAUUAUAAUAUCCUAGGAACAGACAUUAGUUUAGUGGGUAGGGAGCAAGAAAUGUGUGCUCGAAGGCUAAUAAAAUUCCCCUCCCCCCAAAGAAGUAGCAGUAAAGCACUUAGCUGCCCACCCUUAACCUAGUCCUUUAACUCUAACAUAGUGGGAAAGACAAGAAAGUUAUUCCCUAUGAUUUCCAGACAGCAAUAGGCUGCUUCCUAGUCUGCUGGAAGCCUGUGAACAGAAGCAGCACUUCCGUUAGGGAAUGCACUGCUACAUUUUGUGUAGGUCUUCACCAGAUAGGGGUAGGCUGAUAUGAACCUCUUAAUGGUGGAUGAAAUAACUUUUAGAAGAGUUCAUAUGUUCAAGCAUUACAUUGUUAGUUUAAUUUAAUUUAAAUUUUUUUAAUAGGAAAAGGGGGACAUGAUAUUGGAACGGAUCCGAAAGUUGGAGAAAGAGAAGAUUAAGGAAAUGGAGCAUAUUCUACAGAACAGGAGCCUUGAUGCUGAUCAAGCAGUUAAUCUUUUCUCAAACUGCACAGAUGAUGAAAUCCAGGCAUAUGCGUAAGAUAAUACUGGGUAAUUUGUUUUACUUCUCAAAGUGGUUUUGUUCUUUGCACAUCCCCAGCUCUAGCCAAAUAGCAUAUUAUAAUAUGGGUAUAGUCAGACUAGAAAGCAAGGAAAUUUUGAAUUAGGUUUCAGGAGUGUAACUGACUGUGGCAUUUGCACAGGGCCCCCGGUCGUUCCACGGACUAUUGACCUUGCACCACCACGGCUUAUCUCUUCCACAGCCACCAACCAGGUUUCCCCGGUAAUAUAUUCAGACUCAGUCAGGUUGUAACGUAUUAACAAAGAUUCCAGUUUAUCGUGUACGCAAACAAGUUUUAAAUACUUUGAAACACUGUAAUCCGAUUCACUCUCUGUCUCUAACUUACUCUGACUCCUAUGCCUCCCACCCACAAGAAACCAACCAGACUAACUGCCAAAACCUGUGUUGAGCCUUAAACAGUUAGGCUCCGCCCCUGGGAUUUUUUAUUGGUCAGCCUAUUAACCCUUUCUCUCCCCCCCAGUACGACAUCGCCAUAAUGAGUGGGCAAACGCCACACUGAGCAGCCUCCAAAUACUGGCCUUUAAUGAUGGAGAUAUUUCCUCUUCAUAUAUUCUGCACUGAAACUGGUGUGCAUUUCUCCCCAUCGUAGCACUACCGCCACUUUCUGCCCAGGCUGGUAGGGUUGUGGAUAUGGGACUUCUGCCAGAAUUUUCUUCCAUCCCCCAUUAGAUUACUUUACUAUAAGAAGAAAUGCACUGUUAAAUUUCAAGGGGGCAGCAAGUGUGUAACUUUCCAACUGAACCAAUGCAGUUGUGAUUUCUCAGUAUUUAAAUGUGGAAGGGCCUAUCUUUCUUAACUCAGGGAAAGUCGGCAAUGUGAAAAAUACCAGUUUCACUUUAUAGUGUGAUAGUAUAUUAAUAUAUUGACCCUCAAGAUGCUUUCUAGUGCAGUCUGCUUACUUGAAGUUAGAAGUCCUGUCACUUCAGGUUGGAGACUUUAAAAAGAAACACCCCAGAAUGUAAUUGUGAAUGGUUAAUUUUUAAAAUUGACUUGCUAGGAAAGAACAAGUCCUACAAAAGUUAACUGCACAAAGUCCCAUUGAAAACAACAAGCUUUAGUAAUGGUGACUAAAAUUUCAUUGCUUUUGUUGGAUCUUUGUUAUGGCUGAAAUUUGGCUGUGGUGGAUACAGAUUUUAAGUGCCCUUAUGUAGCCACAUGUGUUGAACUUAGGCUAAGAAUAAUGGUAGAAUGCUAAAUGAACCAAUGGAAAAUUAAGGAAUAAAUUCUUAGUUAUUUCAGGUGAAAGCCACUAAGGUUUUGUAAAUGAGGAUUGUUUUCGAUGCCCUCACUUCAAUGAGGGGCCUGUUUACUGUUUCUUCAAACAAAGGUGUGCUAUAAAGCUAAAAUUAUGCAACAGAAAUUCAAAAUAAUGGAAAGAUGCUACUUUUUCAGUUUAUAUAUGUAGGAAAUGGCAAUGCUGUGUUAAAACACGAACGCUUCUACUGCCAAAAAUAAAUUGCAAUUCUGUGUAGAGAACCAAGAGUGCUCUGUAACUGGUUGUUAUACUUGGGUUUUAAUGUUUUGCUUUGGGUCACCUUUGUGAGAAAACUCCCCCUCCUCUGGAAAUAACUUGGGUGAGUGUGCAAAAUAGCAAGUACAUAAUUAUGUUGAACUUAAUUCUGUAGGCAGCGACUUUAUUCAGCUCUGAAAAGGAAUGUACAGAACACCAAGGUUAAACAUCUGGAUUUAUUGAGAAACUGGAGCACACAAAUGCAGAAAUGCCAACUACUUCCAAAACACAUUUUUCCAUAAUUCCUCCCAAAUUAGACAAAAGCGUGAUUGGCCACAGAAAUGUAAUUGUAAUGCAUUCCUGUCAUUUCAGCGGCAGAUCAGAUUAAAACCACACUUUAUACCAAACACAGUUUUCUACAUUGUGGAAGAUAGUGUUUCUUCUGUAACAUAUACAAACAGGCCUGUCAGUUCAUGUGUAAGGUUGACAUAAAAUAGAUUACACGUUUGACAGCAAAAGGAAGUGGUUUAUUCGUACAUUUCGCAUGCAUAUUCAUGCAGUUGUGGCUACUGAAAUGUUGACUAGGCUGCUAGCCCCGACUCCCUACUAUUAGAGGCGAACGGCCACAAGUCCAAGAAUACUCUUUUGAUCCAUACCUCUAUAAAAAUAAAGCACACACAUCACUCAUCUGGCAAAAAAGGGUUAGGCAACAUAACAGAUCUAAUGACUUUAGGUGAAGAAACAAAAGUCACACGGCAAAUUGUUCCUUCCAGUGAAUUAAGUUAAUAUAAAAUGGUCAAUAAAAUGACCACUCUAGUAUCUACUUAAAAAAUAAAGGGCAUUAUUUAAAAUACAGUGUUCCUUUAUGUAGACAACCAUAAAAAACAGAGAAACUAAUGAGAGGGUUUAUUGGCAUUUAACUGAGCAUCACCCAUUAAGGGGCCUUGGGAAGAUGCGAGAGUCCUUCAAAUCAGUAUUACAAGGUUAUCCAACAAACUUAAAUAACUCAUUUAAGUUGCAUAUUGAAAGUAGUACCCAAAUCUAAUUCAAGUAUUUGGUCUUUAUAGGCUAUUGGUCUAAUUUAGAAGUGCAAAAUAACCACAACCUCACAGACAUCAGAAUCUGUUUAUUACUUUAAGGUUUGUAAAAACAAAUGGCUCAAUGUUCAGAAGUUGUAAGCCAACCUUUUGUUUCAGAGCAAUUUAUGAGGCUAGGAAAACAAAUCAUGUUUAGGCUGCAAGUGCUGCACAGAGGCUGCUUUAAAAUCUCACUGAUUUCAAUUGAAUUUGAGCAGCUUGAUGGUACACAGGAUUGCAGUCUACUUUUUCAUUCUUUAAAAUGAUUGGCUUGUUCACCCAAGAACUGCUAAUGGCAAAAAUCUGCUUAUUUCCCAAUUCUAAUCCUCAGACACCACAACAAUCUUCACAGUCUCAUUAUGUCAGCACAAAGAGAGGAUUUUAUGUUCAAAAGGGAGUAACGGACUGGCCAAAAUGUGUUGAGUAACUAUCCCUUGCUGUUUUGCCAGUGCAUCACAAUUCAAAAACAGAAUUAAACUGGAGAACACAACACUUUCCUCAAAUACAGACUUUUGCAGAGUACUGCUUGCACAGGCAAGGAAACUAUUGGGAAGCGGUUCAUAGUUCAAAAAUCAAAAAUAUUUUAAAUAAUUCCCUGAAAUGACUCAUUAGUCAGUAUUCAACACAUGAGACGUUAAUUCUCUUUGGGUAGGACACAAACAGAACCAUAUUAUCACUAAGAGAACAUCACAGAAGAGCGUGAGAACUAGGGGUCAGGAAAGAGUUGGGGCAACUCUUUUUUGGCUAGCUUCAAAGUGCAUCCUCAUUUCCAUGGCUUUCUACUGCCACACAUCUCCGAGGCACAAAGCGAUAGUACAACUGCUCGUCCCGGAACUCAAAUUCAUCGGCAAUGUGCUGGAUGAUGCCUCCUUUCACCAGUCUUUCUCCAUACACCACAGCUCCCCCACGGUCUAAGGCAAGGCCAACUUCCACGAGCCAGUUCACCAGGUCACAGCCACAGAAGACCCCGGCCACAGUCUUUGUGCCACACCUGUAUGUCAAAGGAAGGAUUCACCCACAUGCUCUGUAAAUCUCGUACCACCACUGUUUGAUGGGUGAAGACAAAGGGGGAAAAAUAGGGGGAAACAAGGAAAGACAGCAUGACAGUUAAAAGAAUUGUUAAAAAGGAGGUCAUGUGUAUAGUUAAGCAUGGUUGUGGGGUUUUUUUGUUUGCAAACCUGGAUUAUCUUUUUUCUAAGUCACAAUCAACAUGCAUGCACAAGUCAUUUGAAGCCAGCAUAUGCAUAAAAUAACACUCUAUGUGGGUUAGUAUAGCAUGAACUACCACUAGUUCAACAUUCAUAGUGAUACGAACUAAGAUCUCCACUCCGUGUAACAAAAAGGAUGGAAAGAGUAGGGGAAAUCCACAUUUCAAUCAGUCCGAUUGCUACCUGGUUCACACAAUAUACAGCAGAAGUGGCAGUAAACCACUGUACCAUUUCAGACUGCAGGGGGAGGAUUGCGUGCCUGCAUUUAAAAAAUGGAGAACAAGCUGGUAGAGUAACAUUCAAAGUUGCUUUAGACCAAGCCAGGGUCCAUCUAGGCCAUGACUGUGGACACUGACUCUCCAGGGUUUCCCCACCCUACCUGGAGAUGCUGGGGACUAAACGUGGGAAAUAUAAUUAUGCUAUCUUUACAUGCUAGCUAAGUAUUUCUUUUAAUAAUUGUUUCCAUUUGGUUGUGUAUUUUUGAUGCGUUUUAUUUAUUGCUUAUGACUUUUGUUAUGUUGGUAAUUGUGUAAAUCUUGUCACGUUGUAAGCCGCCUUGAACAUAGUUUCAACUAUGGAAAGGGGACAUACAAAUAAAAGGAUGAUGAUGAUUCACACAGGUGAU